UUUGGAAUCAACAUGCUUUGGCUAAUUCUCUUCCAAUGAUAAAUUUAGGAAGUGAUUGAAACAGUUUAUACAUUUGACCAACUCAUCCCUGCCUAGCCGUAACACACUUCUGGAAAUUCUUUCUGUAGGUGAUGUACUGAUUUCCGUUUCAAAUGCUAGUGUCGUCUCCUUCCUUGCUACCUAUCAAAUUGUUUGGAUAUGUUUUAGCCAAUUCAGAAUCGACUUCAAUUUUUGGGUGUUUGGUAGUUUCUUUUAAAAUUUUAUUCUAAUUCCAUAAUCAAUUCUUAUAUGAAGUCCCUUUUCACAACAUAUCUUGUUAGGUGGAUAUAUUAAAUUGAGAGAUUUCACAACAUUACCUUAAUAAAGUCCCUUUUCUUGUAAACUGGUCCAAACAUAAGUUACGUUACUUUCAACUCACGUUUAUCAUAAUCAAUUUUUACCUAAAUAAUUUAUCUACAAUAAAUCUUGACAAAGGUAAUCCAAAUAGGCGCUAAGGAGUAGCUUCUCAUUUUUAGUGUGUUUGUAUUGGUGGUGGUACACUAUCCAAAACAAGUUUACAAGCUAAACUUUAUUGCUUCUCUUGAUUAUUUGGCUUUCUAUCACCUUGUUUUGUAUUAUAAGGUGGCCCGACCAAACUCGAGCGAUCGGUACAUGCGGUGGGUACAUUUCCAGGUUUCAUCAUACCUAGCGAUGUAGACAUGGCGCUGCUCGAUGCUUCCAUUUGCUCGCUUGCCUUGGCAUUGCGGGGUGUGGAACGUUUAGUGGUGUUGGGUCUACUGUACGUGAGGGUGUAUGAGUUGUGUUUGGGUUGUUUUUGCUGGCUGGCUCCAUGCUUUUGCAUCGAACGGUUGGCAUGCAAUCUUGUUUCAAGUGAACGUCCCUUUUAGUUGCGUGAUUGCGGUUCCUGUGUUGACUACCUCUUGAAUGGUAUUCGUGUGGCUUGUCGGAUUUCGUCCAUCCAGACCUCCUCGAGGGGGUUCUGGGGGAUCUCGAGGUGAUGCAUGUGUUCCACGUUUGCGAUUCAUUCUUGAAGCAAUUGUGGCGCAUAUGUUUUUGUUGCUCUCUCGGAUGUGGUGCAUGAGAUGAAACAUGGGAAAUUCUUCCAUGCAGUCCCUUUAAUCUUAAUUACCUAAAUAAUUUAUCUACAAUAAAUCUUGACAAAGGUAAUCCAAAUAGGCGCUAAGGAGUAGCUUCUCAUUUUUAGUGUGUUUGUAUUGGUGGUGGUACACUAUCCAAAACAAGUUUACAAGCUAAACUUUAUUGCUUCUCUUGAUUAUUUGGCUUUCUAUCACCUUGUUUUGUAUUAUAAGGUGGCCCGACCAAACUCGAUUUCACUGCGGUACAAGGAAAAUUGCAAUCAUUUUUAUUUGAGUUUGAAUGCUCUCGUUAUAGGAUCAUAUUAUUGAAGAGAAAUAGAAACAACUUUCUUGUACAGUAACUCAAUUGUGAGGUUCAAUUAUUGUAACAUCCCGAUCUGACGACUGGUUUUACAGUAACAAUAUGAGUCUUUUCAGUGUGCUUUGUCCUCACUCACGCAUUUUUCGGAAAAACUUGCAUGAAGUCACCCAUCAUAAUAUUGCUCCAAGGCAAGCACACUUAACCUUGGAGUUUUUAUAAGUUGGGCUUACGAAAAGAAGAUGCAUCUUGUUGUUAUGAGUAGUACCAAUUAAAUCUUUUAUGCCCUCCUCAACUGUAUAGUCUCAUACUUAUACAGUCUCGGAAUACCUCUUAUUUUGGUGUGAGAUCGAUUCAUUCAUGUGCCCCUUCGCUUAGAAGUCUGCCAGGAGUUGUUUCUUGUCCGUGCCUCACUGCACCGACGAUCACUCCCCGCACUCGUCGGUCCCGGGUGUUACAUGCCCACCAGCUUCCGCUUGGUUCGUCCUCGAACCGCAUCGUACUGAGAGAGAUUGACUCUGAUACCAUUUGUAACAUCCCGAUAUGACGAUUGGCCUUAUGGUAACAACACGAUUCUUUUCAGUGCGCUUUGUCCUCACUCACGCACUUCCUAGAAAAACUUCACAGGAGGUCAUCCAUCAUAAUAUGGCUUCAAGGCAAGCACACUUAACCUUAAGAGUUUUUAUGAGUUGGGCUCCCGAAAAGAAGAUGCAUCUUGUUGUUAUGAGUAGUACUAAUCAAAUCUUUUAUGCCCUCCUCAACUGUAUAGUCUCAUACCUAUACAGUCUCAUACCUAUACAGUCUCGGAAUACCUCUUAUUCGGGUGUGAGAUCGAUUCAUUCAUGUACCCCUUCGCCUAGAAGUCUGCCAGGAGUCGUUCCUUUUCCGUGUCUCACUGCACCGGCGAUCACUCCCCGCCCUCGUCGACCCCGGGUGUCACAAUUAUAUUUAAAAUUCUUUGUAGUUAGACUUAGACUUGUUUUAAUUACCAAAAAAAGAAGACUUAGACUUGUUUUUAUUACUUAACAGGCGAGGAUUUAUAUCCUUUUGGCAGUUUAACUCGUGAUGCCUGUUCAAUUAAAAUGGUUUUGGGUUAAGGUGGAGAUUUCUUGUUAACCAAAUAGGAUGAAUAAUGUUUCCUUUACAUACCAAACACACUACACUCGUGAGAUAUAUGAAGGAAAAAUAGAUAUGAUAAAUGAUGUGAUAGAAAUAGAAGAGAGAUAUGAAGAUAAAAUUAGUGAAAAUAAGAUGAAAAAGAAAAUGAGGUGUGAAUGAAUUAAUACUAUAUAAUAGAUAUAAUAGGAUAGAAUACUUUUUGUUUGUGUGCCCAACAGAGAGGUGUCAGCUCGUAGGUAGGUGUAAUGUAGUCUCUGCAGCCAGCAUGAGCCACGAGGAUUCAGUAACUCUUGACAUGAUGUCAUCACCAGGAACAAGACAUGGAUGCAGAAUGGAGUGACGAGGGUAUGUCCAGAUCCAACAGUGAUAGCUCUGUGUUUGGCUUUAAUCUUUAUCCCUUCUACCGUUUUGGGGCCUAAGUCAAAAGAUAUAGUCACGCAGGCACAAAAUCCCCUCUCCCUACCCCACCAGAAAGUGAAAUUACAAACACAUUUUGUCUCCUUAGAUUCCCUUCUUUUCCUAGCAGUAAGUCACUCUAUCUAUGUCUGAUUUCUGUCCACCGUAAUUUUACAUUCAUGGUGUAUUUAACUACAUUGAUAGAUGGUGGGGACUAGCCAUAUUUCUUUUGUCAGGAUUCUCUUACACUCACUAUAUACCAAAGGAGAGGGGUGGACUUACAAGGAACCCAAUUGAUUAAACUAAGGCCUCACACACACAUUCAUCAAUAGUAACAAAAAAGAAGAAACUAGAAUCUCUCUCAGUCUAUCUGCCUUUACCACCAUCCCUUUGAUUUUCUCUCGGAUGAGUAGGGUCAUGGCAAGAAGCUCUCAGGACAUGUCUAAGAGGCACUAUCACUGGUCAAGCAAGGUUGGAACUGAAGAUGGUGAAGUGCCCACAUCAGAAUCACUCUCUACACAGGUGAAGAAAAAAGAUGAAGACAAGGUUGCUUCAGUAGUUCCUGCAGCAACGUCCACUGCACAAGCAACAAGGAGGAAGCUGCAGGCAGUGGCAAUCUCCAAGCUUCGCUCUGCUCUCACCGUGUUUGGCAAGAACCGCUUGAACUUGAACACUGCUCUUGGCCUUGGUUCUCGGGUAGUUGGCACCCUCUUCGGAUACAGACGCGGCGGGCAUGUGCAUUUCGCGUUUCAAAAGCACCCGACUUCGCAACCAGCUUUUCUGAUCGAGCUUGCAACCCCGAUGAGUGGUUUGGUUCGUGACAUGGCGUCGUCUGGGUUGGUUAGAAUUGCUCUAGAAUGUGACAAGGAGAAAGAAGCUGCAGAGAAGAAAUCCAAAGCUCUGAGGUUGCUGGAAGAGCCUCUGUGGAGGACAUUCUGCAAUGGCAAGAAGUGUGGUUUUGCUGCCACAAGAGAAUGUGGGCCUAGGGAGUGGGAUAUCCUCAAAGCGGUGGAGCCAAUUUCAAUGGGUGCGGGUGUUCUACCAGGAAAUAAUAAUAAUAAUAAUAAUGAGGAAGUGGGUGAAGUCAUGUAUAUGAGGGCUAAAUUUGAGAGAAUUGUUGGGUCAAGAGAUUCUGAAGCUUUCUACAUGAUGAAUCCUGAUACCAAUGGUGCUCCUGAGCUCAGCAUUUAUUUGCUUAGGGUCUAGAGGUCCUUAGCAAGCAGUGUAAGUUAGUUUUCCUGCUUUUUCUUGUCUUUCUUCUUAGUGCAUUAUUCUGGAUCAGUGGGUUAUGGGUAUACUACUUGCUUAGCUUUGAAAUCAUGAAAUAGACAUCUAAUUCUCUUCAAAGUUCUUUCUAUUUAUUUUCUCUCUUACUUGAGGUAGAAGAAGUGGGGUUCCUGUGUUGUUUGUUGGAAUAGGCUUGCAGACUAAGUUUAUGUUUAGAUACAUUGUGGAAAAUUACGGUGUAGCCAAACUUACAAUUGGUAGAAGCAAAUUGCCAUA